CUAAUGAUCUCCCUUUCCAUCUUUCUUAAUGAUAUCCCUUUCCAUCUUUCCUAAUGAUCUCCCUGUCCAUCUUUCCUAAUGAUCUCCCUUUCCCUGCUCUUACCCAAUCUCAUCUUUACUCCCUCAUUUUUUUCUCCUUUUUAAACUUAUUUUUCUUCUAGGAUUUGGUAUAUCUUCACUGAAGUAUUGAAGUCGUUAAUAUUGAUAUAUACAUCUGUUCACUGGAUUACAGGAUAAAAAAUAAUAACAGAUCGAAUCUUCUAUCGGUGGACAGAAGUCGACGCAGAGAACGUUCUUCUUACGGACAGCCUACGUCGAAAGGGCGACUGGAGGGAUGAUUAUGACUAGAAACAUCUUGCGACCGACCUUUUUUCCUCCGGACAUAUCUUGCAUAAGUUAGAAGUCGGACCAGAGUUAAUAGAGGAUUCCUGCUCGGAGUAGAAAGCUGGAAAGAAGAAACUCUGGAAGACGACAAGUAAACAAAUCAAGAAAAUAUGAACGCUCUAGUUACUGUUGGGUGCAGUUUGAAUAGUACUGGUAUACAUCAGAACCCGAGCAAUAGAAGCAAUCAGCCGAGACCUGGUAAACCUGGUUGCUAUAACCGUGCAAUGAGUUGCAGUGCGCUUCUCAAAAGAAGAAGAAGUUCAUCUUCAGUGUCUAAAUAUAACAGUCGGAGCACCGACGGAUCCCCACAAGAAAGAAGAAGAUUAUUCAGUGGGAGUAGAAACAGUUCUAAACACACAUCUCCUGUAAAGAAGGAGGUUUUGAAGGAGAAGGCACGCCGACAAAGAUCAUUUAAUGUUGUCCAGCAUAAUGAUAGAGUACAGGAGGGGUCAGCUUCUCCGGGAACAGAAUUCUCCAGAGUAAAUAUUAUCGACAGUGAAGGAGGUUUUGACGAAACUUAUUUUGGAUGCUCAAGGCCUAAAUCACUAAACAAGAACCCAUCAGUACAAUUUACAAAAUCCGCAUCUAUGAACAGUAUAACCCGACCCAACAAUCCACUGAAAGAAAAAUGUUUGAAAAAACGAAAUACAGUUGUACCAACUGUUGAACUAGGUUUAAGGUUGGAUCUUACACCUGUACUUGAACCAAGGGUUGAUAAACCCCUAUUGGUUGAUGCACUCGUCCUAAACGGACUCACUCCAAUUGUAGAAAACUGCAUUCUUAAUCCAAUAUCAGAGAAUGAUCUGAAAAUAAAGAAUAGUAGCAAAACCAAUCUUCGUACUCCUUCUCAUUUGGUGAACUAUGGUAGAGAAACCCCGCUGAAGCGUCUGGGAUCACUUCAACUUGAACUGUUAGACAUUCCGAAAUCGAAAUCGAAAUCUAUCAAUACAGAAUCUUCAAAUAGUUGUCUUCGUACAUCUCCAAUCACGUCAUUUGAGAUAUUUACACCAAGUUCUGAUGUAUCCUAUGAUCUCUGGUGUUCAACUACUGGUUCUCCUCAAGUUCUCCGACCCAGUGUGUCUAAUAUAUCCUUGAAAACUAACUAUCCAACAACAACCCUUGUAAACAGCUCAUCUUCUCAUCAAAACAAACCUCAGCAGGGUAGUUGUACUGCUUAUUGUACUGGCUCCUGUAAUGCACACUGUACAGCAUGUAGUAAACAAACAGAGAGAACAGCCCUCAUUCGAUUAAAACCCACCAAACAGAAGAAAGUGACAAUAAAAAGAAGAAUUAAUAUCACAAAGUUUCAUAUUCACUGUGCUGUAGGUAUGGUUGGGUUUGUUUUGUUCUGGACACUGAUUCUUCUCCGAAUCUUCCUCCCAUCAUCCUACUGGACCUGGACAUCUACAGAUAUUUCAGGGACUCUAUCUAAGUCCUGGAGGAACUGGAAAGAGUUCGCCAGGUUUAGUCCUCAUCUUGAGAUAGAUACCUCACACAAAAACCAAGAGUAGAGAAGGGGUUCGCGAUAUUAAAUAGAGAUUUCGAUCUUAUGACUGAAUAGUAUUUUUGUUCCUGUCGUUCUAAUUGUCACCAAAAUUAUUUAAUAUUCAAAAUGUAUUUCUUUAGGAAAAGAUAAUAAAUAUUAAAAUAAAACACAUGUUUAGAAAUUGAUGCAGAUGGGUUCGAUGUUUGGGCUCAUUAGCUAGCAAACUAGAGUCUGAGGAAAUACAUGUAAGAAAAGAAGGUGAGAUAAUGCGAAGACGGAGAUGUCAAAGUAGAGUUGGGAAGAAGAUGAGGGAAGAAGUGGAGAGAAUGAAAAGGUGAGUAGAGGUCAGAGUUGAGACGAGGAGAAGACUAGAAAAGAAGGAGAGGUCAGAGAAGAGACAGGAUUUGACGGGAGGAAAAGAGACGGGAAGUGAUGGGAAGAGAAGAGACGGGAAGAUACUGGAAGAGACUGGAAGAGACUGGAAG